GGCGUGCGGGGCAGCGGGCGCGACACGCAACAGCAGCGGCGGCCGUGCAGGGACACGACGUACCGGACCGGAGUGCGCCGCGCCGGGUGAUCUUGAGUUCUUCCUAACUUGCUAGUGCUCAGCCUCCUCAUGCCUCCAUCUCCUUUAGACGACAGGGUAGUAGUGGCACUUUCAAGGCCCGUGAGACCUCAGGAUCUCAACCUUUGUUUAAACUCUAGCUGUCUUGAAUCUGCCUCUUCUGCUGGUGAGAGCCACUCCAGUCUGCUCAGCGCAGCUGUCGUGUCCCUAAAGACUGCUAAUCUCACGUAUAUGCCCUCAUCCAACGGCUCUGCACGCUCCCUGAGUUGUGGAUGCAGCAGUGCCAGUUGCUGCACUGUGUCAACGUACGACAAGGACACUCAGGCCCAAACUCAAGCGAGCACCAGUGUCGGAGCCUCCCCUGCCUGUCCUGCCAACCAAAUGGUCAACAGCAAUGAGAACGCUGGCAGCUUGAGCCCCCUGGGUGGAGUGGGGAGCCCAGUCUCGGGCACCACCAAGCAACUCGCUAGCAUCAAAAUCAUUUACCCCAAUGAUUUAGCAAAGAAGAUGACCAAAUGCAGCAAGAGCCACCAACAGAACCAAGGGCCUGUCAUCAUUGACUGCAGGCCGUUCAUGGAGUAUAAUAAGAGCCACAUUCAAGGGGCUGUCCAUAUUAACUGUUCUGACAAGAUCAGCCGGAGAAGGCUUCAGCAGGGAAAGAUCACAGUCUUGGACUUGAUCUCCUGCCGGGAAGGCAAGGACUCCUUCAAGAGGAUCUUUUCCAAAGAAAUCAUAGUUUAUGAUGAGAAUACCAAUGAGCCAAGCAGAGUAAUGCCCUCCCAGCCACUCCACAUAGUACUGGAGUCACUCAAACGAGAAGGCAAGGAACCCCUAGUCCUAAAAGGAGGACUCAGUGGUUUCAAGCAGAACCAUGAAAACCUCUGUGAUAACUCCCUCCAGCUCCAAGAGUGCCCAGAGGGGGGAGGAGGGGGCGGCGCGGCUGCUGUGCCCCCCACACUACCUCAGUCCAUCCCUACCACGCCGGAUAUCGAGAAUGCUGAGCUCACCCCCAUCCUGCCCUUCCUCUUCCUUGGAAAUGAGCAUGAUGCUCAGGACUUGGAGAAAAUGCAGAGGAUGAACAUAGGCUAUAUAAUCAAUGUGACCACCCAUUUGCCCCUCUACCAUUAUGAGAAAGGCCUCUUCAACUACAAGCGGCUCCCUGCCACUGACAGCAACAAGCAGAAUCUCAGGCAGUAUUUUGAAGAAGCUUUUGAGUUCAUUGAGGAAGCUCAUCAGUGUGGGAAAGGUCUCCUCAUCCACUGCCAGGCUGGUGUCUCCAGAUCUGCCACUAUAGUUAUCGCGUACUUAAUGAAACACACUCGCAUGACCAUGACAGAUGCCUAUAAAUUUGUAAAAGGCAAACGACCAAUCAUUUCCCCCAACCUUAACUUUAUGGGGCAGUUACUGGAGUUUGAAGAAGACCUAAACAAUGGUGUUACACCACGAAUCCUCACACCAAAGUUGAUCGGCGUAGAGACUGUUGUGUGACAGCAAAGCUGUAAGGAGGUGGUCAAUGAAGGGGUUAACCUAUUCUUCAUCUAAUUUAGGGCAGUAAUGGGUGGGGUGUGGAUUUUUCUUUUUAGCUUUUUCUGGGGGGAGGGGGGCUGUCAAAUUGUUUUGUUUUUUUUUUAAUUUAAUAAAAACCUUUUUU